AUGCCCGACGCGGAGAAGCCCUCCAAGCGGCGAAGGCCCACGCCGCCCUUCGACCCGCGCUUCCCCAACCAGAACCAGACCCGCAACUGCUACCAGAACUUCCUGGACUUCCACCGCUGCGUCCAGAAGAUGAACCGCCGCGGGAAGAGCACGCAGCCCUGCGAGUACUACUACCACGUGUUCCACUCGCUGUGCCCCGUCAGCUGGGUGCAGCGCUGGACCGAGCAGAUCCAGGACGGGACCUUCGCGGGGAAAAUCUGACCGUCCGCUCGCGGCUCCGAGGGACCGGCCAAGGGCCCCAUCCCUUCGUCUCCCCGAGACCUGGCCCCGGCCCCCCACCCCCAGGUCUCUGAGCCA